AUGGAUAUUGAUAAAAAUGAAAAGAUUUUCACUGAACUUUACACAAAUAUCAAACAACAAGCUGAAAAAUCAUUAAAAAGUCUCGUUGAAAAUGCACAUGAUAUUGAAAAUUUUCUACAAACUGAUAUUUUUUCCCAGAAUGAAAAUACAAAUUUAAAUCUUAUUAUUAAAAUUCCAUCCUACAGCGACAGUCAUGAUUUUUCUACGGUUGUACAAAAUGAAAUUCUCGAUGAAAUAGCUUCGAUGAAAACAAAUUGUAUUGCUUACAUGGGUCAAAUUGUUGAUUACCGUGAGCAACGUGCUCUCGCUAAUAAGGAACUAUUUAAACGACCACAACUCGAUGACAACUAUCAUCUCAUCGCUAAUCUUGAUUAUCAAUUACGUAGAAAUUUAAAAAUAAUGCUGAUCGAAAUUAAAUCUUAUAUUUUACGUAUAUGUAACAUAUUAACAAAAAAUAAAGAUUUAAUUCAUCGUCGUCAAUCAUCUCAUUAUCAACACUAUUUUUAG